AUGGCUGUAUCUUCCACUCCACUUAUGGUCCAACUUCUCAUUGCCAAAGAACACGAAGCCUGGGUGAUCCGUCGUUUCCGCACAUCCCUAGAUACCACCACUUCCAUUGGAACCGCCAUUUUCAUGGAUGGAUCUGUAAAACCAUUCUACUUUCAAUACGAGACAAUGCAAUACAAGAUCUACGAGAAGGAUCUUGCUGAAUUGGAGGAGAACUGCAAAGAAGCGUCGAAAUCGGAGAGAUAUGCUCUGGAUUGGGAUUUGGCUCCAAAAAUGAUGACUAAAUGCGUGCACACAGGAGAGUUCAUCAUCAAAGCCUACAAUUAUUUCUCACAUACUACUGGAACAUACAUCUAUCACGCUGAAAGUGGACAUAUUCGCGAGCAUCCAGGAUGUGAUGAAUGUGAAAAUCUGCACGGAAAGUCGUUAGGACCAGAAAGAGUUAUCAUCGGAACAACGACCCCGUACAGCCGAGUUGGUAUCAUCUUGGCGACAAAUGAGGAGGGUAGAAUAAUCAAGACUGGAACCAUAUCUGGAAAUCAUAAAAUGGGACCAAUGAUGCCAUUCGAAAUUCUGAAAGAGGAUGAGAAAGCACCAAAAGCAAUCGGAUACCAAGUUGAUGUCUUCCGAACCGCUUCCAGAAACGAAGAAUCUGAAAUCAUGUAUCUCGAAAUGAAGUUGAAAAAGAAACACAGAGAAACGCUAUCGUUGAUUGACGCAAAUAAGAAGAUGGCUGAGAGAUGUGAAAGAUUGGAGCAAACUGUUCGGGACAUGGAGGAGAGAGAGCGAGAGCAACUCAGAAUGGCCGAAGAAGAUCGGAAGAAGUCUGAGAUUGUCAUGAAUCAAUUGAUCUCCGAAGCACAGUUGAAGCAAGAAAGUGAGAAGAGAAAGAAUAUGAUGUCUGUUGAACGUCUUGAACGGAUUUCAACUGACUUUGACCUGGUUCCACAGUACCGUAACUAUUGCCCACAUACUCAUCAUUUCUACAUCACCGCUUACAACCUUGUCUCUGAAACAACCCAUCACUACGUCUUCAGCCCAGACAGUGGCCAAUUCCAUCGUCAAGCCUACUGUAUCUACUGCCAAGAUUACCGAAAGGGAGUGCAAGUUGACAACUUUGUGACAGUGAUGCCAGUGGAGACUGAGAAGUCGAGCUACCCAUACUUGAUCAUGACCACUGAUACCGGAAGAUUGAUCAAGAUUGGUUUCGAUGCCAAUGUCAAAGGAUUCGUGUCCAUGGAACCAUCAAAACUCGGACAGUCAUUCGCCAAUGUCAGAGAGAUUCCAAGCUCUAUCAGAGAUCGUGUACCACUUCCAAUCCAAGCUCCACAUAAUGGUCUAGUUGAUAGAGAUUUGUACCCAACGAAACGAAUCUUCUGCGUUCACAUUAUGAAGUUCAUCCUCUUUGCCAGCAGUACCAGAUGUGAAGCUAUCCAGUGUUAUACGUUCAACGAGGAAGGAUCAUUGAUCCCAUGGACAGAAUGCUUGGAAUGCACCAAGAACAAUCAAGCCUACCACAUUCAACCAUUGAGAUCCAUUAUGCCAAUGAUGUGCUCUUUCUCGAAAUGGCCAAUUAUGAUGACUACUGAUAAGUACGGAAAGCUGAACCCUGUGGCUUUCAAUAUCGACACCUUCAAGUAUGAGGCAAUGCCAAAGAUGUCUAUUUUUGAAAAUCGAGUGGCACAGCCAGUGGCGGUGCCAGAGUCAGUGUACGAAGCAAUGCCAGAGCGUGUGGCAGAACCAGUGGUGGUGCCAGAGCCAGUUCCAGAGCCAGUCCCAGAGCCAGUCCCAGAGCCAAUGCCAAUACGGGUGAUGACUCCAGAGAUGAUUGAGAUGUCGGAGAUGAAUCUGAAGCUCAAGUGUACUGGACAACAAAAAGUGCAACUUCAAGAGCCAGUGCAGCAAGAGCCAGUGCAGCAAGAGCGACCUGAAGAGGAGGUCUCCGAUAAAGAAGACUACUCGGAUGAAGAGGAAGACUGCUCCGAUGAGGAGGACUGCUCCGACGAAGAAGAUUGCUCAGGUGAGGAAGAGGAUUGCUCAGAUGAGGAAGAGGAGGAUUGCUCAGAUGAAGAGGAAGAUGAGGAGGAAGAGGAGGAGCAGGUGGAGCAGGUGGAAAAACAGCCAAGCAAGGAGAAUCAGCAAGAAAAACUUCGUGAGAUUCAACGGUUCGUUCAAAAUGUGUGCUAUAAACAAGAGAUGGAGAGAGUGUCUGCAAUGAUUCAAGAUGACAAGUUGGAGGAGGAUCCAGUGGAGGAGGAGCCAGAAGCCGAGGUGUCUGAUGAGGAAGACUGUUCGGAUGAGGAGGAGUAUGAUGAUGAGGAGUGUUCUGAUGAAGAGGAAGAUUGCUCAGAUGAAGAAGAAGAUUGCUCGGAUGAGGAGGAAGAGUGUUCCGAGGAUGAGGAGGGUCAGGAGGAGCUUCAUGAGGAGCCAAAGCAGGAAGAAGUGAAGCCACCAACAAAGACCCUUGCAGACUAUUUGUAUGAAGAAUACAUCAACGAAGCCGUGGGAUAUACACCACAACCACCCGUAGAACCAGUCACUCCAUAUGAGCCGAUCGUUCGAACUUCGAUGAACGCGGAGAUUCCAGAGUCUGAUGUGAAAACCAAUCAGAAGAUCAAUGAAGUUUUGGAGAAGGCAUUCCAGCCAAUGCAUCACUUGCAUCCCUACUACCGAUGGCUUGCCAAUGAGCAAUCGAAAAAUGUAGCUGUUGAUGGGCCAAUUUCUGAUGACAGCUUCGUCAAUGAUCUCGUGAAAGCUUUGGACACGGUCGAUUCAGUGCAUACUGCUGAACCAGAGGAAGACGUUCCAGAGACUGCGUCCGAUACCGUUGCCACUGCUGUCGAGCCAGAGAAUCAAGGCGGACCCUUGAAGAAUCCGGUUUUCAUUAAUUAUCAAUAUGAACCACCAACUCUUGAGGAGUUGUUUCCAGUUUUCCUAAAUCCAGCCGAUAUUACAUGGAACUACCCAAUGUCGUCCUUUGGUAAUACAUACGGAAGAAAUGAUCCAUUUGCCAGAGUUGCCCUCGAAGAGGAAGAAGUUGAUCCAAGUUUCUAUGAGGAAUCAGAAGACGACGUAUCCGAUGAAGAAGUAUCCGAUGAAGAUGUAUCUGGAGACUCCGAUGUUGAUGCUUGGUCAGAAGAGGUGUCAGGAGACGACGUCUCCCUGGUCAAUGACGCUCCAGAAGUGAUGACUGACUCGGUUCGCACUGCCAUUGAACCAGAGGAAGACUCCAUGACCGACUCUGUGAACACUGCUAUCGAGCCAGAGGAAGAAGACGUUUCCAUCAUCAUCGAAGACACUCUAGAAUCCAUGACCGACUCUGUGAACACUGCUAUUGAGCCAGAAGAUGAAGACGUCGAUGAGGACGACAUCUCAAUUGUGAGCUCCACCGCCACUGCUGUCGAGAACCAAGACGUCGAGAGUUCUCUUGGAAGUGAUAUUUCCUACUUGAAUGAAGAUUUGGAAUCUUCGGAUGAUGAUGUUCCGGCUGCCGAGAUGGUCCAAUCAACUUAUGUGGAUGCUGCUGAACAAUUGUCCACGGAGCCAGAAGUUGCUCAACCAAUGGUGUCGGAGAUCGAAGUAGAGCAUGUCGUGGAUGCUCCAGAGGGACAUCAAGAUGAGGUACCAGCCCAAAAACCAUGUUUUUUUUCUGUAUUUCUAUAUUCACAUUGUAAAACCUUUUGA